GACUUUAAAGCUUGCUUAUUGAAAAUAUAGAUUUUAUUCAGAGGAAACACUGCUGAAUUCAGUACAGUAUUUUAGUAUUUUUAAAUGUACAGUAUAAUUUUCUUUUUUUCAUUUUGACAAACGGCCAAAGACUGCUGAAGUACAAUGUUUGCCAGAGUAAAAGAUUUCUUGUAUAGACACCGAAGGAAGUUUGUAAUUGGAGGUGCAAUUAUAGGUGGUGUUGCUGUUCUCAGUAGGUAUGCAGAAUUCAAGCUUCUUGAGUGGCAUGAUCAACAGACACGUAUUUUGAUGGAAAAACAGAAAAAACGGCAACAUUAUGAAAACACUCACAGAACUGCAAAUGCUACUGUUUUAAGUCUGUCUCUUAAUAUGAAAGAGGUAAUUUCAAAAGAGCUUGAUGCAGAUAUACUUCUUCAAGCAGUUAGAGAGCAACCACAACAUAAACACAGCAUUUGGGAGCAACUCAAGAUUGUGGGAUUCAGCCGUGCCAUAUCUACUGUUUAUAUUGCUAGUUUGGUGGCCUCAGCUGUACGUGUACAACUUAUGCUGCUUGCAGGAUAUACAUUUGGUGAUGUUAUUCAAUCUUGUCAUGCCGGUGCACCAAUUUCCCAAACACUACAACAGAAAUAUCUUUCAGUUCUUCAUUACCUAGUUGAGAAAGGUAUUCCAAAACUGACAUCUCAGGUGACUCAAGCUGUGACCCAUAUUGUCACUGGAUUACCUCUUGGACGACCCCUUACAUUGUCUCAGUUAGAAGCAAUUUUUCAGGAAAUUAAGCUCAUUCUAGCUGGGGAAAAUUCAUCGCAAGAUGAUCUUUAUGAGAGAAAAAUAACAAAGUUAGAACCUUGGAGUAGAUAUGUGUUUGAAGCCCCAGUACCACCUGAAGGAGAUUCAGGGGAGGAUAGGAUACUUUACAAUAUGUUAAUUGAAACAGAUGAUAUCAUUGACAGUGAAGAUUUUAGUACUGUGGUGGAUACAUUAAUCCAACAUGGUUUCAAUCAUUUGUUAGAUAGAAUGGCAGAUUUCUACCCACUCCCAAAAAGUCAGCAGGGGUUUUGUGGUUCAAAUGAGAAUUGGGUGGAUAAUGUUAGUAGAGAUAUUCUUCCUAAUGUUUCAACAAGUGAGGUUGACAGUUUUCCACUGACACAAAUUACCCCUACUCACAGCACAAGUUUCUCAAAUAACAGUUCCCUUCCUGUGGCUAAAUUGGUUCCUCUCUUGUCUGGGGUGGUGCAUGGUGCACUCUCUCCUACACCUGGACAGCUUCUGCAAAAGAUUCUUACUGUUGACAAACUUGAUUCAUUGGGAGCAAAUGUAUAUGAAGCUUUUGCAUUACCUUUUGGGCAAUAACUGAACUAUGAUCAGGUCCAUUAUAGUACAUAUUGGUAUUUAUAGAAAUUGGAGAUUACAGAAUACUAUAAUACCUGUAUACACUGUACAUAUUAUUAUUUAUGUGGGAAAAAUGAAUGUAAAGUAUAAAACUAGGAUAAUUAACUCAUAUAUUAUAUCUGUUAGGCUACUGUAAUUUUGCAUUAUUUAAGCUUCAUAUCUUAAAUGAGGUUAUUUUAGCAACAUCAUUAACUUCUAAGAAAAUUAUAAAUUAGGUCAAGUUUGUAAGAGAGUCCACUACAUACAGACCUAUACUUAGAUAUUCUGUAAUGAAAUGAACUGUACUGUCUUAUAACUUACAAAAAAUAUUUGAGCCAGUGAAUUUAAAGAAUCAAUUUACAUAUGUCAUAGGCUAAUCAGUUUCAGUCAUUUAUUCCAAACUAAUAUCAAUUGAAAGAUGAUGCCAGUUUAGAUAAAAGAAUGACUCGUCUUAACUAGGCACCAAGAGAUGUAAAUUGUUUAAUGUCCAGUUGACUCCAGCAUUUAAGGAAUAAAGGUUAUCUACCUGAA